UUUUCCCACUCCAUUGCUUCUCUCACCAUGUUUAAAUAUGACCAUGUUCCAUUACACAGGCCUUAGGCAGUUGUAGAGAGAGAAAAAGUGAGCAUGGAGGCGAUGAAGAUGGCGAUUCUGAUGAUUCUUCUUCUUAUAAUAAGUGAGCAUGCAAAGGGUGCCAUUGUCCAAUUCAUCUUUGGGGACUCACUCUCUGAUGUUGGGAACAACAAUUACUUGCCUAGGAGCCUUGCCAAGGCCAAUUUGCCCUACUAUGGAAUCGAUUUUGGAAAUGGGUUGCCUAAUGGCAGAUACACAAAUGGGCGCACUGUUGCCGAUAUAAUAGGUGACAAAAUGGGUCUGCCUCGGCCUCCUGCAUUUCUUGACCCCAAUCUCACAGUUGACAUGAUACUAGAAAAGGGGGUGAACUUUGCUUCAGGUGGAGGAGGGAUUCUAAACGAGACAGGGCAAUGGUUUAUUCAAAAGUUUUGCCUUUGGAAACAAAUAGAGCUAUUUGAGGGCACUCAGCAAAUGGUUUCAAAGAAAAUAGGUCGCCAAGCAGCAAUGGAAUUCUUCACAAAUUCAAGAUAUGUGGUGGCCCUGGGAAGCAAUGACUUCAUAAACAACUACCUAAUGCCUGUUUACAAGGACUCAUGGACCUAUACAACAACGCAAUUCAUAGACUACCUGAUGAGUACCCUCAGACAACAACUAAUAGUAUUGCAUGGGUAUGGGGUAAGGCAAUUGGUAUUUUUUGGGCUAGGACCCAUGGGUUGCAUUCCCCUUGAACGUGUGCUAGGCAUAACUGGAGGUUGUCAAACCAAAGUAAACAACAUUGCUUUCCAAUUCAACAAAGCAGCAAGCAACCUCUUGAAAGAUUUGUCAUUGCAUUUACCAAAUGCUACCUAUAGAUUUGGGGAUGCAUAUGAUGUUGUAGCUGAUGUGAUUCAUAACCCCAACAAAUAUGGUUUUGAAAACUCGGACUCGCCUUGUUGCUCAUUUGGCCGAAUCAGACCGGCCCUCACUUGUAUUCCAGCAUCGAGUCUUUGCAAAGAUAGAAGCAAAUAUGUAUUCUGGGACGAGUAUCACCCCACUGAUGCAGCCAAUGAAAUAAUUGCCGAGCAAAUUAUUGCAAAUCUUGGAUUCAAGCCCAUCAAUGCCUCAGGAGAAGCCCCCUUUGGAGCACCAGAACCUGCCCCCUCUCUAUUUUAGUUAAUUUCUUUUAAAAUAUUUUUACUUAAUUAUUUAUAAUCUUAUUCCAAAUAUUUUCAGUUAAAUAUUACGUAUACAAAAUAUAGCCUGUAGGAGGAUGUUAUUAUUUAAUUUUCAUGUGUGGGACUAUGGUUAUCCUUUGGUUACCUUUUAUAAUGAAUAUUAAAGGAGGAAGAGAGGUGGUUUUUUU